AUGAUUUCUCGAGGAAUUCUAAUAUGUAGUCGAACAGUGGUACCGAGAAGAAUAUGCCCAAUUAGUAUGACCCAAUUCAUACGAUAUCAAUCCCAGAAAAAACCACCAUCAAAUUUUAGAGAUAUUGCAGACAUAAAAGAUCAAAAAUUACGAGACAUAAUAGAAGGUACCAAUCUCGGACAAGAAGCUUUGAAGAAGGAACAAGAAGAGAAAUCAGCGAAAGAAAAAGAUAGUCGAGAAGACGAAAUCCGAAAAAAGAACCGAGAUAUUGAGGUGAAGCAACAUCGACUUGAGAAACGAAUGGCAGAGGAUGAGAAAGACGAGUCUACAAUUGAGUUGAAAGAGAUCCAUAAAGCAUUCUCAGAAGAAUCUAAAGCUAAGAGCGAAGAGAAUUUACUGAAAGAGGAUGAACUGGCAAAUCUACGCCUUGGAUCAAGUGAUAGUUCCCGAGUAGUCCAACAGAUCAAUGAAGCAAUUCAAAAAGAAAUAGGAAACCUUCCGUCACAAAUGGAAAAGACCAGAAGCAAAAUGUCCAAGAAAUUAGAAGAAUACCUCGAUUCAAUCCAAGGAACGAUCUUAACCGCGACCAGAGCAUUGAAUGAUGUGACUGGCUAUUCCGCAAUUGAAAAAUUGAAAAAAUCAAUUGAAAAACUUGAAGCAGAAUUAAGAGAAUGCAAAGAACAAGUAAAAGAAUGUAAAAUUGCAUAUACUGACGCCAUUCAAAGGCGAUCUGAUUCGCAACGUGAAGUGAAUGAAUUGUUAACGAGAAAACAUAAUUGGUCCACUAAGGAUUUGGAACGUUUUACUGAACUUUAUAGAAAUGAUCAUGCCAAUGAACGAUUAGAAUCUGAAGCUGAACAGAAUCUUGAGGAUGCUGAACAAAAGGUGGAUGCGGUUCAAUUGAAAUUAACACAACUGAUUUUGACAAGAUAUCAUGAAGAACAGAUUUGGUCGGAUAAGAUUAGAAGAUCGUCAACUUGGGGAACUUGGAUUUUGAUGGGAAUUAACGUAAUGCUUUUUAUGGUGGCUACAUUUUUUGUUGAGCCUUGGAAGAGAAGGAAAUUGGUCAGGGCAUUUGAAGAUAAAGUCAAGGAUUUGUUAGUUACUCAAGAAGAAACUAAGGUAAUUGAACAUUUGUUACAACCAGCUAAAGAUGUGGAAGAACCAAUCUUGCAACCAAUUGAAGAUGUAGUAGAAGGUGUUGUCGGUUCGGUUGAAACAACUCUUGAGAUAGCUUCCCAAGAAGUCGCCAAUUUGGUUGAAUCUCCUAUAUCUGAAGAACCACGUGAAGCAGGGGAUUCCUCCAAAUCAAAGCAAUUUGAACUUAAUUUUAUCAAAUCAACUUGGAAUGACUUUAAACAAGUUGUUACUAGCAAUUAUAAUGCUUUAUCUUCCCCUGAUGUUACAACAUUACAGGUGAAUAAAUUUCAAUUUGAAGUGUUCUUGGUGUCUAUUACGUUUGUUGCAUGUAGUAUUGGAAGUUUGAUAACAUUAUAUUUCAAAUAG